AUGGUCAUUCAUAAUAUUGAAGAUAUGGAUGUUGUAGAAAUAAGUUACAGCGAUUAUAGUUAUAAUUCCGAUACAACUGCAAGCUCUGAUACUAGCGAUAAUGAUGAGAAUGGUAUAAAAAUUCAAAUAAAAAUCAGGAGAGCUAUUGAAAAUAGAAUAUUAUAUGAAACGAAUAAAAAAAAGAAAAGAAAAUUACUUAAUUUUGAAAAAAAUUUUAAAAAAAGAAAGAACAUGAAGAUUGAGGGGGUAGGUUAUAAAAUAAUAAGUAGAAAAUUAAAACUUUUUAAAAAUCACGAUCUGAAAGAGAAUGCUGAAAAUAUGGUGAAUUCGGCGAAUAAUAAGGACACUAAUCAUGCAGAGAAUUUUAGUACAAGCAGAUCCCAUAUGAAGUGA